CUAGUACUAUACUAACACAAAAUCGAAUCAACAUGAUGAACAGCGACGAUGACGAUGAACCGAGAGGAUAUCUGAUUCUCCGACCGGAAGAGCUCCGGCCAUGGGAACUUGUUCGUUUGUUAUUCUCCGGAGAUAUAGAGAAACCGAGAUCAGUGGAUAGCUCGGAAACCGAAGAACACAGUUUCCGACAUCGAUGGCUUAUCUUUGUCUCUCUCGUCCUUCUCAAGCUUCUUCGAUUCUUCUCCAAGCUUUUAGCUCUCGUUGGCUCCGCCUUAGAAUUCUCUUUAAACUUCCUCUCCAAUAACUCUUUCUCCGGUCUCUUCCUUCGAGGAGAAGUGGUGAUGCCGCAACGGACAUCGGAGAAUUAUCAGUCAUUUAUCGGACAUUUAGACACGAGGGUAAGUUUAGACAUGACGUUGAAUCGUGAAGAUGGAGAGAAAUACUAUGCUGCAUUGUCCAUUAUGGCUUCAAAAAUUGCCUACGAAAACGCAGCCCGUAUUAAACAUGUCGUCGAGAAUCACUGGAAUAUGAAGUAUUUAGGUCUCGUUGACUAUUGGAACGAGUACCAAGAAAAGGAAACAACACAAGCCUUUAUAAUGUCUACUGACGAAACAACAACAAGAUCCAACGGUCAAGAAACGACGGUGGUGGUUGCAUUUAGAGGCACAGAACUGUUUAAUUCCGAAGAUUGGUGUUCAGAUUUCGACAUUACAUGGUUUGAGCUCCCAAACAUUGGGAAUAUCCAUGGUGGUUUCAUGAAAGCUCUAGGGCUUCAAAACAAUUGUAGUUGGCCUAAAGAACCUCUCUCAAACCCUGAUCGAAAAUCCCCUUUAGCUUACUACUCAAUAAGAGACUCUUUGAAAACUCUGAUCGCUCAAAACAAAAACACCAAGUUUGUUCUGACCGGUCAUAGCUUAGGAGGAGCCCUCGCGAUAUUGUUCACGGCUGUGCUUGUGAUUCACCACGAGACCGAGUUGUUGGAGAGGAUUCAAGGGGUGUAUACUUAUGGACAGCCUAGGGUUGGAGAUUCCAAGUUUGGUGAAUUUAUGGAGAAGAAAUUAGAAAAAUAUAAUAUAAAGUAUUAUAGAUUUGUUUAUAAUAACGACAUUGUUCCAAGAUUGCCGUACGAUGAUAAGGAUUUGAUGUUCAAACACUUUGGCACUUGCAUCUACUACGACCAGAACUAUCAAGCAAAGGUAAUGAGAGAGCAAUCGGACGAAAACUUUUUCUUGUUGCGAGGGAUUAUAAAGAUGAUGUGGAGUGCUAUAUUGGAGUUUAUAAGAAGCUUCACUAUAGUGGCUGAGAAGGGCUCGGAGUACAGUGAAGGAUGGUUGUUGAAGGGUGGUAGGGCUUUGGGGAUUAUAGUCCCUGGUGUUUCAAAUCAUACACCUCAAGAUUAUGUGAAUGCCACUAGAUUAACCCUUCCUUGUGUUUUCCAAGUCUAUAGAGAUGUAUCCAUAACAUAAAAGGGUUUAUCUUUGUAAUUAUUGAAUAAAAUGUUUAUACAAUAAAGUGGUUUCUGGUGGUAGAGUCUCAAGAAACCUUCUGGCGGAAAAUGCAAUUCUUUCUU